AUCAGUAACUUAGCCUUGGUGUUACAGCAUCUGGGCAGGUACGAAGAGUCGGAAAACCUGAACCGUUUGGCACUCAGAGGAAGUAGAAUGAUGCUGGGAUCAUGCCACGCAGACACUCUGACAAGCAUGAGUAAUCUGGCACUAGUACUGCAGCACCAAGGCAAGUACAAGCAAGCAACAAAGCUGAACCAGCAAGCUCUAAGUGGCUUCCGAGAGACUCUUGGGAAGCGUCAUCCUUCCACGCUUGCUAGUAUGAGCAACUUGGCGCUAGUGCUUCAGUGUCAGGGCAGAUACGAGGAGUCUGAGGAGCUGGCAAGGCGAUCACUAGAAGGCAAAAUAGAAGAACUUGGAUGGUAUCACCCUUCCACGCUUACGAGCAUGAACAACCUC